CGAAGGACGCGCCAGUUCGAGAAAAAGCGCGCCUGAGACUUUACAAAUAACGAUUUGCGACCUGUUUUCGCUGUAGUGUGCAUCGAGAGCGGACCGAAGAUGAAGGCAAUCGCACUUGCUCUAGUUUUCGUCUUUGCGGUGAUCGCCGCGACCAGCGCCUUCCCGAGGACACCUUCUGAUACAGAAUUGGUUUUUGUGCCUCUCGAAUCGAGGGCUGGCGUAACGGAGAGUGUGGAAGAUGUUGAUGACUCUAGUGAUGAUGAUGAUGAUUUCAUCUUCCCAUUUGGAGGCUUCUUUGGAUUCUCCAGCUUCAUGCAAGAUUUCAUGAGGAGAAUCACUGAUGUUCUGAAGGGCCUUCCAGAUGGAGCAUUCAAUUUUGGCAAGGAGGGUAACACCACAUCAACCACUAAGGUUGUCGGAGGUCACGUCAUUACUGUCAACGAGACUGUUUACAAAAAUGAUGAUGACACAGGAGUCUACAAAAUUCAGGUGAUUGAAGUAAAGCCAACAGAAGGGGCUAUUGAUUCAGAGCAGAACCCAACUGAAACAUCUGAUUCUGCCUCACCUGAGCAAGUCAGUGAAAAUGACAAUGAAAUCCCUAAGGGAAAGACUGAAGACGUAGCCGAGAGAUUUGACAGAAGCUACUCUGAGAACACAGAACUACUUGAGUCUCCUGAAUAUUAUUCUUCUGUUUUUUAUGACAACUUGGACAAUACCAUAGAUGCUGGAAGAUAUGUCGAUCUCAGUCGUGAUACUUACGUCAACGCAGUGCUCAGUGAUCAAGCAGUAAAAGGUGGAAUGGUCAUGAUUGACCCUGAUGCAGAAUUAAUUGAUGUCAACACCGGUGAAGUAAUAGAUUUCUCAGGCUUACAGAACACCAUCAACGAAAAAUUCAAAUGACAAAGCAGAUUAGUGUUGACUAUCACCAAAGAUUAUUCAUGACAAUAAUUUGUGGCAUAACAUCUGACAGAAAGGACUGUUAAUGCAACUUGCCAUGAGGACUGAGAAUGCUACAUGUCUCUUGCCAAUAUGUGAAGACGAAGAUUGAAAUUAAUUUAUUUAUUGAAUCCAUGCAACGUAACUCAGGAUAAAUGUUUUGUACAAAGUGAGUGUGUUUUGUUGUAUGUGUGUGCGAGUGUGUAAUACAAUUUUUUGAAAUACAAUUAUUUAUGUGUAUGUAUGUGAAAAGAGAAAAAAGUUUGUUAAUUUUUUAAAUUAUUGUAAUUAAAUUUUUAAUUGGAAAUCUUACAUGAAAUUCUUUAUGUCAGUAAAUGAGUUAGUUUAAACAGGUAACUAUCACACUGUCUGUGUACUGCACUUCUUGCAACCAUACAACUUUUUAUUCUGGAUGCUCUUGGUUCCUCAUCAUAACACAGCAUGGGUAUUCUGGCACAUUCUGUGAGAACUAAGUUUGCCUUCUUGUGUUUUCAAGCUGUAAUGUAUUGAUAGUGCCCAACUUUUAACAUCAGUCAUACUUCAACUGCGAGGGUAGGCUAAUCAUUAGAUUCUUAAUGCACACAGGCCAAAGAAUAUUUGGAUGAACAACAAACAUCUUGUAACAUACGCAGUUUGAUAGUCAGUCAGAAGAUUUGUUUAUGUUCAGGAAAGAAAUUUUCCACUCAUGCUUAAAUGAUUUCCAUCAAGCUGACUGAAUUUUUAACUUGUUAGAAGCAAUUUUUUGGAACUGUGAAAAAGUAAAUGUUAGUGCUGAAGUAUAAUGAAAGAGAUGAAUAAUUGACAAUUCAUGUCACAUCAUGUACAUAUGAAAUCCUGAUUAGGUAACACAUUACAACAGACACAAGGAAUACAUAUGAAACAUAAAUGUACACAGAAAUAUUGGUGUACUGUCCAUUACUCUGCUUUCAUGACAUUGCAUGAAAACACUGGCUUGCACAGUGCUUAGAUGACUGGAACUUUACAAGAAAGUUACCAACAACAGAGAAUUAUCAACAUUUUGAAAACCUUGUCAUCAUUUAAAUGUCAUGUAGUGAUCUUAAUUUCUACCUUGGGAAUGAUAUUUCAUAUGGCUUUCAAUUUGCUAUAAUUACACAAAGUUUCAUGAGAUGCUAUUGUCCUUAGCAGCUCUUAUAAAUAUAGUACAAUAGUCCUUACUGAAAACUUAUUCCUAUUUCACCGGUUUUUACACUUUCUUAUUAAUUUCUUCUUAUUUGGUCAUAUGUUUUCCUGCAAUUUUGAAGUAUUUGAUCAGAAAGAAAACCAGCUGUUGCUUCUUUUGUGCUAUCCAUUCUUGAUUAGUGUAAGGUAAAUUUUGUUUUCCAAAUAACAUUCUGUGUAAUGAAUCUGAAACUAUUUGUACACUAGUUUCCUGCUUUUCCAGCUGUAUACAAUUAAAGGUUUGAUUCUAGA